AUGGCCAACACGACUUCCAUGAAUGGAUUCUUUCUCAUGGGGUUUUCUGAUGAUCAUAAGCUUCAGAUUUUACAUGCACUGCUGUUUUUGGUGAUGUACCUGCUGGCCUUGUCAGGCAAUGUCCUUAUUAUCACUAUCACUACCUUGGACCAUCGUCUCCAUUCCCCCAUGUAUUACUUCUUGAAGCACCUGUCCCUUCUGGACCUCUGCUUCAUCUCUGUCACUGUCCCCCAGUCCAUUGUAAACUCACUUAGGGACAGUGGUUACAUUUCCCUGGGUCAAUGCAUUCUCCAGGUUUUCUUCUUCAUAGCUCUCGCCUCAUCAGAAGUGGCCAUCCUCACGGUGAUGUCUUAUGACCGGUACGUGGCCAUCUGCCAACCACUGCAAUAUGAGGCCAUUAUGCAUCCCAAUGCUUGUCUGCGUGCAGUGACAGCUGUGUGGAUUGCUGGGGGCCUCUCUGGGCUUGUGCACACAACCAUUAACUUUUCCAUACCUCUCUGCGGAGACAGAAUCAUUCCCCAGUUCUUCUGCGAUAUUCCUCAGCUGCUGAAACUAUCUUGUUCUUAUGAAUUCCUUAAUGAGAUGGCAGUGGCAGCAUUCACAACUUCCAUAGCAUUUAUCUGCUUGAUCGCCAUUGUGCUUUCCUACAUUCGCAUCCUCUCCACAGUGCUGAGAAUCCCAUCAGCUGAGGGCCGGACCAAGGUCUUCUCCACCUGCCUACCUCACCUAUUUGUGGUCACCUUCCUCCUCUCAGCUGCUGGCUUUGAGUUUCUGCGGCCCACUUCUGACACCCCAUCUGCCAUGGAUCUCAUGUUCUCCAUGUUCUACACAGUGAUACCUCCAACACUCAAUCCAGUCAUCUAUAGUUUACGGAAUGAAGCCAUGAAGGCAGCGCUGAGGAGGAUGCUGACAAAAGAAUUUGCCCAGAGGAAGAUGUAUUUGAAAGCCAUUUUAAGCUCUAAAUAA